AUGUCGUCCGCCAAGAGGAAGCGCACAUCUCCUAGGAACGACAGCGCUGACGAAGACGACGAUGACACUCCCGUGGUAGCUCUACCUACUGUGGACUUCUUUUCCGCCAGAAGUGAGCCCCCGAAGCCCGCUGUCGCUACCGCCGCCCACGAAGAGCAAGAGGAUGAGGUCGAGUCGGAGCCCGAAGAUGAAAGCACCGGACCGCAAUCGGUGCCCCCAAUAAGCGAGGACGAGUGCCGCCAAAUCCUACGAUCCCACAGGCUCAAGUUCAGCUACCUGAUCGCCGACCCGACUCGGCCUUCGCGAGUCGAGAAGAAGCCUAGGAAAAGGCCAAGGCCACUCAUCUCCUUCCACGAAUUGCGCUCCCUCUACGGCGUGCCUCCGCAGUUGUGCAGCAACCUCGCCUCGGAGGGGUACAAGAUUCCUACCGAGGUGCAGAUGGCAAGCCUACCCCUCCUCCUGAGACCUGGAGUUGCCCUACGAGAGGAGGAGAACGGCGGCGAUCUCGACCAAACCAGGCUCGCUCCCAACUUCAUGGCCGUCGCGCCUACCGGAAGCGGCAAGACGAUGAGCUUCCUGAUUCCCGCCGUCACGAAUAUUCUAAAAAGGAGGCAAAAGGAGGGACUCGGCCACAUCCACGAGCUCGAAGCGGUUGUCAUCGCGCCGACAAGAGAGCUCGCCUUUCAAAUAAUGAACGAGGGGCGAAAGCUCGUUAUGGGUACCGGUCUAAGGGUGGUUCUCAUGAAGAAGGGCAUGGAGGUGAACGCCGAGCGAAGCAAGGCUGUCUCUCUCUCUGAAGACGAAGGGUCAGGCGGCGAAGACAACGAGAUGGAGGACGGGGAUCCCUCUGAAUCCGAAAAUGAUGUCAAGUCUUCAAAGAGCGCCGUUGCUAAGCCAGACAUUCUCAUUACGACCCCAGCGCCCCUACUCAAUUUCCUUACAAAGCAUUCAAAGUCGCCCAAGGUCCUUCCUUCCGUCCGCACCCUCGUCCUCGACGAGGCCGACGUCCUCCUCGACCCCAUCUUCAUCGAGCAGACUGCGGGUGUCUGGUCCGCCUGCACGAACCCGAGCCUCCAUCUCACCUUUUGGUCCGCCACCAUGGGCUCCAAUAUUGAGUCUCUCGUCCAAGACCGCCUCGAGUCUGGCGCCCUGGCCCCGCGUGCUGCUGUCCGCCUCGUCGUCGGCCUCAAGGACACCGCCGUCCCCAACAUUACCCACAAGCUCAUGUACACCGCCUCCGAGAACGGAAAGCUCCUCGCCAUGCGCCAACUCCUGCGGCCCCGCUCCCUCGCUGACCCCUCCGCUACCCCCUCCGCCCGCCAUUCCUAUCUCCAUAGCGGUCUCUCGGAUGGCGCCCGCGCCUCAAUCAUGCGCCGCUUUCGUGCCGGCGAGAUCUGGGUCCUCAUCACCACCGAUGUCCUCGCUCGCGGCGUCGAUUUUGCUGGCGUCAAUGGCAUCGUCAAUUAUGACGUCCCUACCUCAGCUGCAGCCUACGUCCACCGUGCUGGUCGGACCGGCCGCGCUGGCCGUGAAGGGGUGUCGCCGUUACUCUCUACACUAAGGAUGACAUCCCCUUUGUGA